GUGUCGCAAGAGGAUCAAGAUUAUCAAGAUGACGAUGAAGGUUACCACGAGGAUGAGCUUUGGGAAGAUUCAAUUCUCAAGGAAGAGGAUUGGAUAGAAGAAGAAGAUGAAGGCAUAGAAGAUGAAGAAGAUAUGCCUCCAAAAGUCUCAGAAGAAGAACUAGAGGAAAGAGAUCAAGUUGCGGCCAAGGAUGAGCUUAACAAGUUGAGAAGCAUGCAGGUUGUCAAGGAAGUAAGAAAGCAGGAAUGCGACCAGUCAGGUAAGUUCCUGACGUUGACAACCGUGUUUGAUUGGCACAAGGUGAGACCAGUCGCGGUUUCAGUUCAUGUGGAUGACGAGCUGGUAGCAGGAAAGAAAGGACAGUCAAGGUGGCUAGUCAGCGAGCUCAAGAAAGUUUUCAAGUUGACAAUCGAGGGACCGUUUCCUAGUGAGCGAGGGUCAAGAGAACAACUACACUACCUCAAGCGGACCUACGAAUUUGUAGAUGAAGGAAUUUUGGUCUCAGUGUCAAAGAAGCGCUAUGAGAAGCUGAGAAGCCUCUACGACCUGGGGAACAGGAAAGAGAAGAUGACCCCAGAACACCAACUACUGGGAAGUCGAGACGAGACAAAGGAGACAAAGGAGUUGGCGCCUGAAGAAGCUAAGAGGUUCAGGUCAGCUCUGGGAACAUUGCUGUAUGUUGCCCAAGACCGAUGGGACCUUCAACACAGUGUGAAGUGUUUGGCCUCUUACAUGGCCAAGCCUACGGAGAUGGCAGUGAAGUGCUUGCAGCAGACGUUGUUGUACGUUAGAGGAACUGAGACUCAAAAGUCCACCGCUUUGUCAAGCUGCGAGUCAGAAGUCUUGGCGACCAGUGGAGCGGCCAGCGAAGGCACGCUACUGAAGAAGCUCUUGGCAUUCCUCACAAGGGAAGAAGUGGAUAUGGAAGUCAGGAGAGUAAAGAGGAAGAUGUUCAAGGUCAAGCCAAUUCCUACAAAGCUCAACAUUGCGGAUCUGAACACUAAGAAGAUGAGUGUUCAAAGGCGAAAGUUUUUGUUGUUCCUACUUGGAGCAAUGACCAAGGAAAGAGGGAGAGAAGUUCCAGUUGGAGCAGAGGAGAUGGCAGAUCACCUGUCAUCAGUGGCUCUGAACCAGCAAAUCAAAAGGUUGAAGCAAGUUGGAAGGACAACUAAGAACAGUCGUUUGUUGUUCACUACGUGCUUGGUUCAGAUGGUUAUGGGAUCCAGAGGACAACCCCGAGAGUUUAUCAGGGAGACUUACGUCUACGUUGAAGCGGCAAGCAUGUGGAUGUUUGUUGUCACGCUCCUAAUGCUGAUGGUUCUCUACCUGCAGUUUGUGAGCAUCUAUGAUUGGAGAAGGAAGCCAGCAACUAACGUUGUGCAGGAACCAGAGCAAGAGCCAGAUGGAGCUCAAUCUCCAUCAGAGUAUGGGACUCCGACUGUGGAAGAGAAUGAGGAUGAAGAGGAAGAGCAAGGAGAGCAUGAAGCUCAAGAGGAGGAAGAACAAGCAAGAGAAGAAGAUCAAGUACAAGAAGAUGAGCAAUUGCCCAG